AUGGCAGUCCGGUCCCGAAUGGCCUGGCGAAGUUGGCGACCUGUUAAUCUGAAGGCCAAGUUUUGGAAUACCAUCAGCACCAAUUACCACCUUGGUUUCACGUCCUUCGGCGGCCCCCCAGUGCAUUUCAAGAUCUUCCAAGACAAAUUCGUCGAUAAGCUGCAAUGGAUUGACAAUCAAGUGUAUCAGGAACUCUUCAGCGUCUGCCAGGCCUUCUCUGGCCCUGGCAGCACCAAGAUGCACUACUGCAUUAACCUGAUUCAUGAUGGUUUUCUUCCUGCUUUACUGAGUUUCUUCAUCUGGAGCUUGCCUGGGGCCUUGGGAAUGUAUGGUCUCUCUAUUGGCGUCUCCAAUAUUGGAGACACUCUUCCUGGACCCGUUUACGCUCUUCUCUCCGGGCUCAACGCCUCAACCGUGGGCAUUAUCGCAGUCGCUGCUGUUCAACUAUCAGAAAAGGCCAUCACUGAUAAAAUAACUCGUAUACUCGUCUUGCUUGGAGGUGCGGCCGGGAUUCUAUACAAUGCGCUCUGGUACUUUCCUCUUCUGAUGUUCGUGGCCGGCUGUGCAACCGUCGUCCAUGACUAUCGCUGGCUUCAUGGCCCUAUCAAGUCUAUAGUCGGCUUGAUGAAGAACCCCACAAAGCGGCUUAGGGCACAAGAGCCGGAGUCCAUCGAGAUUUCGCAGGCGCAAUCCGCCGACCAGGACAAUAAUGCCACCACCACUGCUACUUCUUUCCGCACUACUAGGGAACACAAUGACGCGGUGGCCCGCUCGAGCCGAGAAGAUAAUGCGCAGACUCUCCCAAUCACCGAGAAUUCACAUUCAGAGGCUGACUCGGAACCACGCGUUAUCCCACCGGAGCGGUCCCUUAACUUUUCCUGGAGCUUUGGCCUUGGCAUUAUUGUCUUCUUUCUCAUCACCUUCAUUGUGAUUAUGGUCCUUCGUGGCAAAUUGCGGGUCAAGACAUACCUUUUUGGCUUCUUCGCCAAUAUGUACCUCGCAGGGACCAUUAUUUUUGGCGGAGGUCCUGUUGUCAUUCCAUUGCUCCGCGAAUAUGUUGUUGCUGAAGGCUGGGUUAGUCCGCGCGACUUCCUUAUCGGCCUUGCGAUCCAACAGAGCUUUCCCGGUCCCAACUUCAACUUUGCCGUAUACCUAGGCGCUUUGACAGCAAUUAAUGGUGGAUACAAUUCGGCCGUCGGAGCAACACUUGGGUUUAUUGGCAUAUUUGCUCCUGGUCUUAUUACAGUUCAUGGUACAAUGGGUAUUUGGAGCGCUAUCCGUGGUCUGAGGUGGGUAAAGUCCCUUCUCAGGGGUGUUAACGCUGGUGCUGUGGGACUUAUUUAUACCGCGGUCUAUCGCUUGUGGCAAAUUGGGUAUAUUGCUGAAAGGUUUCAGCAGGGAACGAGUCUGGCACAAGAGCCGUGGUGGGUUGUUGUGACAGCAUCAAGCUUUGUCUUCGGCUACUCAUUCAACUUGAGCCCUCCGGUUAUUAUCAUCAUGGGCGCCGUCUUAGGCCUCAUCUGGUAUGCAGUUACGCUCAGUUAG